GGUUGCGGCCGGACCGCGGGGUGCCUUCGGCCGAGCUGUCGGGGUCCUGAAAAAUAGCGACGGUUGGGUUGCUGGGACGUGCUUUCCUCAGCGAGCACACGAGCGCCGCUGAAACCUGUUUUCCGAAUGCGGUCAUCUCUCUUGUUUAUGUGCGGUCUUCUUCACGCUGCCGCCGGAAUCCGGCACGGCCGAACAGCCCGGUUAAGCGCCGUGGUUGCGGUGUCGGGUUGGUAAAGGCUUUGGCAGAACGACCGCCGUGUAAUUACCGACUCGUUUUGUGGUAGCCGGCGUGUGUGUGAGGUGCGCUGAAGGUGGGAUUCGCAUAGCAGCGCGAGACUUUAAGAUACGUAGCAAUUGCUGAGCCGCUCAUGGAGCAUUUCUAACGAGAAACAACGAUGCUUUUGUCUGGUUGCAUAAAGUGCCAGCACCCGUCAGUGAGGCUGUUGGUGUUUUUCUGUCCUCUGUCCCAAUCCUCGCAGCUAAAAGCACAGGGACAGAAAAGCGUUUUAUUUCUGGAGAGCUUGUUAAGGUGCUUGUGUAGAUUGUGGCUUAGGGCUGUUGUUAGGGACGCUGGGAAUGAAAGGGUUGGUGUGUGGCCCACCUGGCUGGGAAUCGGCAGACAGGGUUUAUAAACUAAGGAGGUUUUAGCUCAGCAUGUGUUUACCUCCUGCUUGAAAUAUGUGGUAACAUAGUCUUAAUUAUGUGUGUUUGGGUCACAAAGGUGCACGUGUAAAACCUGGGUUGUUUUGCACAGUAGUCACGGUAACCGUCCUGCUGUAUGGCAAGUAGGGAUGGCGUUUCUCAGAUAACAGCUCGCUCCCAAGUGCUGCAAAAUAGCAUACGCACUGGAUGCACUCUGCUGUGCAAAGUGUGCAGAAAAGUGUCCUCAGAAGUGCACUGAAAACUUGGGAAGAAAACAUUGCCAAUAGGGAUCGUCAUCCCUAAUGAGUAUUCGGUGCGUGGUUGCAGUCUGAUAUGUGAGUGGGUUGUCUUCUGUUUGGAAAUGCUCAGUUAUGGAUGUGUAGUUCAGAAAUCAUUGUCAGACUUCUCAAAACGCUCCCAGGUGCUGCUGUGUGAGUCUUCCCACUUGUGUUUUGUGGGACCACAGCAUAAAGCCUUGGCUUAUACAUUUUAAAACGCACCCACUUAUGAAGUUUUGAACUUAGAGUACUGAAAUAUAGCAUGGAGUUUCAUUAAAUUGGUAAGGAUUUUAUUUUCCCUACCCGAAGCAUCUUUAACUACUCCUCUUCAGUCACAUCAAAUCACAGUGGGAGCUCUUAAUGUUUGUAAGACCCACUGUUUCAAGAGAAAACAGGAAACAUUUUUAUGUGAGGCUUGAGUUCUCUAUUAUGUAUUGCUUGUCUGACUUGAAAAGUUACCACCUGGGAGUGAGAGCAUGCACUGGUAAGUAAUGGGCAGAAAUGCUGAUGUCUGCUACUAAACAAGGUUCUUUUCUUUUCCCUUUAAGUGAUUGGAUGGAUGAAAGUUUUCCAGAGCACUGAGUUGCUGAAAUGUUUUGCUGUUUGAGAGUUGUGAGAAGGUUAUGUCUGGAGAAGAUACUGCUACAAUGCAUUAUUCAGUCAAGAACUUUGUCAGGAGCUGAUGUCAUCCAUGCUCUCAAACCUUUCUACUUUGCUGUGCAUCCAGAUUUCUUUGGCCAGCAUCCCAAAGAGAGGGCAGUAAAUGAAAACUCUCUGAAGAGGUUAAAUGGCUACUUGGAGAAUCUACAGAAACCAGGGUUUCACUCCUUUAAGCCAACUCAGCUUACCUUUUAUGUAAGAGAAAGAGAACCAAACUCUUCUAAUGUUCAAGAAUCCUUCAGUACUUCAGGGUUUCGAGCGGUCAGUUUUACUUUACACACACGAGAUCUCCUGAGCACAGUAUUAGAUAUUCUCAACUCCUGCAGUUUGUCUACGGAGCAUAUUCAGAGUUUGAGUGUGAACUCUCAGCCCCAUAAGGAAGCAAAAAGCACACUGAACAGACCUAUCAAAUGGGAUAAGACUUACUAUUCAUUUACUGGAUUCAAGGAUCCUGAAGAAGAACUAGACCAAGCCCAAAGAGUGGAAACAACUUUAACGUCCUGGUUGGAUGAUAAUGAAGCGAGUGCAGUUAUAAAGCUGAAGAAGAGUUUGCCACUUAGAGAAGAACUAGAACGUUUAAAGUUUGAACUCUCUCAUCAACUGCAGCUCUCAGAUAUCAGGUGGCAGAGAAGCUGGGGUAUUGCUCAUCGCUGUAGCCAGUUGCACAGUCUUGGUCGCUUAGUCCAACAGAGACCUGAAGUAUUAAAGAAUGUCAAAGGACGCACGCUGGUCUUCACAGACCGCUCAGGUAUGAGUGCGGCAGGCCACGUAAUGCUGGGGACCAUGGAUGUUCACCAUCACUGGACCAAAAUUUUUGAGAGAUUGCCAAAUUAUUAUAAACUUCAGGAGAGGCUGCUGUUCUUGGAAGAUCGGAUAAGCCAACUUCUGGGAGGCAUACAAGUAAUAUAUGUAGAAGAGCUGCAACCCCUCUUGACUCUGGAAGAGUACUAUGACACUCUGGACUCUUUCUAUAACAAACUACUCGACAGCCGACUGCCUUUUCAUCCACAGAGUCUGAGGGGCUUGCAAAUGAUUCUAGAAAGUGAUAGAUACACGCCAAGCUUACAUGAGUUUGGACACUUUACCAUCCCAACAGUCUGUGAUCCAGCAACCCUUCAAUGGUUUAUUAUUGCCAAAGCGCAGGAAGCAAGAGAGAAUCUGAAAAGAAGGGAAGAGAUGAUGAUUACAGAAAAAGAGCUGAUAGAUACUUCUGCUGAGAAGUUUUCUUUGGAUCGGCUGUAUAAGGAGCCCAGCGUCACCAGCGCACAGAUGAUAGAUUGUUGUAAGCGACUGCUGCAAGAAUCAUUGCCAUACCUACAAGGCAUGCACCUUUGCAUUUCACAUUUCUACUCCGUGCUGCAGGAUGGAGACCUGUGUAUACCUUGGAACUGGAAAAGCUGAGGACAUAUCUGAUAAUCAGAUGAAUCGUUUAUUUUCUGUAGGAGGCUAUAAAUAUGUGUGUUUUUAAGAGUAAAUUAUUUAAAUCUGUAUUUUGAUAUCCUCAAAUUUUCUUCUAACUGCUGCUCAGAAAGGAUUGGACAAUUUGCACAAUGCAGAGUAUUACCAGUUCUAGGUAAGAGAUCUGUACGUUCUCUGUACUACUGUGGGAGUCCUGGUGUACGGUAGCAGUGUGAAACUGCAUUUUUAUAGUUACCAAUGAAAAGAUGUGACAUUGCCAGUCUGCGGAAAUGUGCACGUGUAUUUUUAAUAUACAUAAGUAUUGCUGGAUAGACGUCCUUAAACAUGGAGUAUACUACUCAAACAAGACACUACGUAUUGUCAUAAAGGAUUUUUUUCAGUGCAGAAACUGAAUACGUAAUCUGGUGGCAAUAUUGGCAUUCCAUAUUGCUACCUCUUAAUAAAUUUAAAUAUUAAAAAAAAAAAAUCAGAGUACGGCUGCUCUGCAGAAGAAAACAGUACUUAAGCUUGGUCUCUGCAGUACAGUUUCAUAUCCUGGUCCAAUAUUGUUGCCUUAGAAUUUCAACGUAUGCCAGUGGUACUGUCUGCGUCUGUUGUAAAGGAGGUGUCGUUCUGUUGUUUCCCAGCACUUGCUUCAUAAAUACAGACCAUCCUCUUCACAUAUACUCCUAACAGAUUGCAAAUCCCAUUCACAGCACUUACUGCCUGAGUAGUUUAAUGGAUCAUCUAAGGAAAAGUAGCACUGGUCUGAGUGGGAUUGUCUGCAAGAGUAAGUACUUCUCAGUGAGAGCAAGGAGCUUGCAGUAAUUUUCCGUAGAGCAAAUGUGUAUCCCUACUGGUACUUUAUUCUUUGAAUAAAAUGAGAUACGAGGUGUGAAUUUGACAACACUUUUUCAUUUUAAUACAUGCUAAGAUGUAUUUUGUAUGUGGGCUACUACUUUGAAAAACAUCCUUUGAGAAGAACUAACAGCUUAAUGGUUCUGAACUUUAAUUCCCCUAUAACAACUGGCAAAAGAAAAAAUAAAAAGGAUUUGUCUGA